AUCUCUUUGAUCGAAAAGAUCUAGUAUGCUCCGAUUAAACACGCUGCUGAGGAUAAUAUGGCGCUAAAAAAUAAAGAACGGCUAAAAUGUUUAGAGUCAUUAGGGUUGGAAGAAAAUGCAACUGAGGAUGAAAUUAAAAGAGCAUAUAAAAAUUUAGCACUGAGGCAUCAUCCAGAUAAGAAUCCUGACAAUGCAUAUGCCACAAAAGUUUUUCAAGAAAUCAGUGAAAGUUACUAUCUACUCACAACAAAAUAUGCAAAAGACAAAAGGAGGAAAAUCCACAUGUGUUCAAGCUGUGGAAACAUCCAUUACAUGGACAGUGAUGAUGAAGACUUUUAUGAUGAUUAUGAUGAGCAAUAUUUUGAAGAUGAUGAUGAUUAUUACGAUAAUUUACCAUGUGAUGAUGAUGAAGAAUCAAUAUUGUGGUUUUUCGGGCGAUUAUUUUAUGAUGUUUUUGCAGACUUUGUAUUCGAGAGACGAUUUCAGUCCAGUAAGAAGAAGUCCACGAAGUGGACAGAUGACGAGAAGGAAGAAGACAGCUUUUUUGAUUCCAUUUUCAAGAAAUAUAGACCACCACAAGAUGUUGAGCUGACAGAAGAAGAUCUGAAGAAAUUUCAUUCCUAUGAUGAAUGGUUGAAAGCCAGACAUCCUUCAAAAAGACACAACCACAGGAUGCGGAAAGGAAAGAAGAAAGCAAAGCAAAAUCUUCUCCAGAAACCAAAACCUAAAAGUAAAAAGCAGCUGCUGGCAGAGCAGAAGAGAAGGGAACAGGAAAUGAGAGAAAUAGGUAACACUCUUUUACCAAAAAUGGAGGAGAAGCAAAUGAAGAAAUCAACAGAAAAUAUACCAUCAUUAGUGAAGUUGAUGACAGAUGACCAUUCUGAGGAGGUAGAGAACCAGCACAAGGAAAAUUUCCAGCGUAAAAUACAGGAAGAAGAGAAACUUCAGCUGCUAGAAGCACAGGAGCGGCAGAAAAAUAAAAGACAGCAGCGGAAAGACAUGAAAGAAAAGAAAAAACAGUUACGUCAGGAAGCUGAGAAGGUGUUGCAGGAGAAAAAGUUUUCAAAUCCUGCUCCAAAAAGAAAAAAGACCGAGCUAGAACUUCAUGAAGAAAAACAGACCAAUUUGUUUGGAAAUAAAGACAUCAACAAAGAAAAUGUGCUUGUUGAUUCAAGGAGAGCUGAAGAACACGAAACAAAGUCCUCAUUACUAGGAAAACAUUUCAGUGAUCUUGGAAAUUUAUGUGGUAGUUCAAAUACUGUCAGUUCCACUCAGAAUUCCAAUUCCAACAUUUACAAUACUUUAGAUCCAUUCCCCAAACCUGAAGAUAAAACAAAAAAGAAUGGUAUUGAGAAUCCCAGUGCUAAACCAAAACCCUCCAAUCAGCGAGGACUUGUGACAAACCAACCAAAACAGACAGCCAGACCAGCAGGGAAGAGUCGAUCAAUAGACACAGAUGUGAAGUCUAGUUUAUUACAGCGCCAUCUGCAGGAGUUUAAUGAUUUGCUGAAGGUUCAGCCACAGAGGCACACAGAACAACAGCUUAAGGUGGAGCGGGCUCGACAGAGGGAGGAACAGCAGCUGUUACAACAGCGGGAGCUAGAUUCCCUCAGGAGUAGGCACACUGAACAGUUUGUACCUUUACCUCCGAGUCCCACAGACACAGGUAAGGAGCCCACAGUUAUGGACAUAUCUGUCCAGGAGGAGUUUGAGAGGAUGAGGAAGGAGCAUAUACGUAAACAACAGGAACUGGAGAGGAAGAGGAAUGAGGAGGAGGUCCAGGAACUCAAAACUUAUAGGAAGAGGCAGAAGUGGACAGAACUAAAGGUGGAGUCUGCCCCGAAGUGGUUUGAGAGAGACAAUUUGAAUCGAGUGCCACCUCCAAAAAUCCAAGAUCCCCCAGCACCCAGUGUUAAUGUCUGGCAGCAGAGGAACCUACGACAGCAACAGGUGACUUCACUGAGACCCAGGACAGCACAGGAAGAGGAGGAAAUUCUAAAACAGGUGCUCCUCCUGAGUGAGAAAACAGCAGCUCAAGAGGAGGAACAGAGAAGGUACCGAGAGAUCAUGGCAGUGAAAAACUUUAUACCAGAACAAUUACAGAGGAGACAGGAGAUCCAGCCAUUGCCAGAGCCCAUCAGUCUUGUAGAUAAAGGACAGAAAAAGAUGUUUAAUUAUUCUGAUAAAGUCACUACUACAAAACAGCGUACAACAGAAGCGAAAAAGAGCCAGGACGGUGUGUCAUUGACAAAAAUAAACAAACCAGUGGCAAGUGAGGGUGUAAAAAGUUUUGCUUCCAUUGUGACUACUAAAGAGCCCAGAACUACAGAAUUGCCAAAGAACCAGGGUGUCAAACCACCAACAAAGCUUACUAAACCAGUGGCAAAUGACAACAGUGCAGAGAAUCUUGUUUCAAGCAUCACUACCAAGAACCAAAGGACCACUGUAAUGCAAAACAACAAUGAAGUUAAAAUGUCAACAAAGCUUAGCAACCCAUUGGCAAAAGAUGUUGCAGAAAGUUUUGCUAAAGCUGUUACUACCAAAAUGCAAAAAAGCAAAGAAGUUGAGAACAUCUGGGAAUCCAUUCCAAACCAAAGGCCUAAAAGCAGUUUCCCAUUGGGUGAUAGACCAAAAUUAGAUGAGGACGAGGAAGCCCCAGGGAGACCCGUUCUUACCACCAACUACGCCAACCUUGUACCUCCCCCCAGACUCCACAUCUCCCCUCAGACAACAGCGACGGAAUCGUGGGACGAUGAUGGCCAGUAUCUGUAUGUGUCCUCCAAACUACCCACCACUGCCAGAGAGUGCUAUAGGUGGCAAAACAGUGCCAAAGUUGUUAUGUCUGCAAAUGAAAACAGGAACAAUUCUGCCUCUACAAGUUCUAUGGAGCAGGAAACAAUGUUAUCAACUCAUAAGGGACACAGGUCAAGUGUUGAAGAUGAAAAGAAAAAUAAUGUAAAACUGAAUCAAACUGAUUUAAAGCAACACAGACCUGAUAUGCCUAGGUAUGUGCCUGGAAGUGGUUUUAUAAAACCUAGCGAAAAGAAAGAUUUACAUGAUAAGGAAGAAAAAGACCAACCAGCUUCAGCACGAAGUAACCAAUUAGUGAAGGAAGAGAGAGCACAGAAUACUAGGAACCCCUGGUCCAAUAAAGCCAUUGAGCACCAGUCGGGGGAUCCAAGACCUAAUGCUGCAUGGUCAGAGAGCAAACAAUUUCCACUGAAAACAGGCAAAUCUAUCUCCAGUGACAGAAAUCCAACUCCCCUACAAAAUCCAAUUCUUGAGAAAGCCUCCUUAAGCCAGAAUUUGAAAGAGCCAGUGUUAUCAGAAACUGGUGCUAAAGUCAUGGCACCCUUACAAAGUAAUCUCCAGAGUACCAAUCCACAGGGUAAUUCUCAAAAGACAGAGGAGUCAACAGUCCAGAGAAGUGAAGCAAUGGCUGCACCUUUGACAGCUGAAGGUGCCUGCACUCUUUCUAAAGUAAAAGUUAAAGAAGAACCAGGCCCUGCCCUUCCUGCUGCUGUGACAGCAAAUAAUCAAAAUACUGAUGAUUUUUGGAAUGUUUCCAAUAUUACAAGGAAAACUGUGCAAGUCAAGAAAGAAGUAGUUGCUAAAUCACCUGACUUAUCUUCAUCACAUGAUACAGAAGACAAGACUUCCAUCCAAUCAAAAGAGAACACAAAGCCUCUGAACCAAUCAGAAGAGGAGACUGAAUCCCUGAUAGCUUCACUACAGCGGAAGGCGUAUCAGAUGACUACUUCUAACAGUGGUUCCUCUGGUGCUAUACAUGAUUACUGGGCCAUUCCAUUAAAACCACAAAUUAAAGUGGAAAAACCUAACAGUCCUCCUGAAAUUUUUAUAUCACCAGAAAAGAAAUUGGACAAAAAAACUGUAACUGAGCAGACCAGUGUAAGAGUUGAUGCUGCAUUGGACUCCUUAGUGCCACCAAUUUUGUCACUUGUCCAAAACAAAGAAAAGCAGAAGGCAGCAAUGUCAGACAAAAUUGUCACAAAGCAAGAGAGCUGGGAAGAUGAAAUAUCUGCACCUAUUAUUAGCAAAGAAGCAAACAACUCCAUCCAACCAAAAACUGAAAAAAGCAAAGUGCAAAUUGAUAAAGAUGGAGCAUGUGAAAGUGAUGGAAAGGCUGAAGUAUUGCAACUUCCUCCAAAGAAAAUGUCUAGCAUGUUUAACAAGAUGGCAAAGUUUGGAAUCAAUCCAAACCCUAUUAAAAAGGAAAAGACUGGUGAAAACACUGCCACCUCUUUGCUGAAAUCUGGGGCAGAGGGGAGUCAGGAGCCAAAACCUCAGAGACCUGGGUACAGACAGCGACCAAUGAAACUGGUGUCUAAACCCUCCAAAGCUUUUACAGAAACAAUAAAUACAGAGGUUAAAACUGCAGAGAAUUCACAAGCAAUGAAAUCUGAGGUUGACGAUCUGGAUAGUUUAGGACUAAACUUUGACAAAAUGUCUUUGUUGGAUAAUACUACAAGUUCCCCUACACAAGAAAUGUCUCAGACAUUGGAAGACAAUAGAGUCAGGUCCUCUGAUUCUAAGCCUCCUUUCAUGAAAAGACAAGACAGUGCAGCUCAAAGAAGUCAGAAAUCUCAUGACAUCAGCCUAGCUCAGACAUUUCACUCCAAAGAUAAAGAGGAUUGGGAAGGUGAAUUGAUCACCUUGCCCUCAAACAGUGGUCCUCCAACUCAAUCAAAUGCUGAGGCAGAGAACUUCUUUAAGGAAAAGCUGAGGACUGUCAAAAAAGACACUGUUGAACAUAGAUUACCUGUGUUGAAAAAUCUGACCAAACAUAUGGAAGACUCCAAGAAUUACCAGACUUCAGAACCACAAGCCUCACCAUCUAAUGAUCAGUAUGAUGUAGUUGAACAUUCUGGAAAUAGUGACCAAUUCAAAUAUACAAUUACCAGUGAACAAAAUUCCAAGCAAAUACCAGUACCAACUUUUCCAAGUUCAGCAGUAAAAACAGCACACCAUGAUACUCCCUCUUCAAUUUUCAAUCCUGUUUCUUCAACUUGUUCCACAUCAGACUCUUCCAAGCCUGUUCAGUCGUACUCCCUUCAAUCAGGACCCACAGGUACAACUUCUUCUCAAGGGAACGUUGAUCAAGUCAGCCCAGCUGCAGUUAAGACAGAACCAGUCCACUCAGUCAUUGAUUUAACAAACUCACCAGAAAAGAGCCUGGCUGCAGUGAAAACAGAACCAGUCAUCGAUUUAACAAACACACCAGAAAAGAGCCAAGACUCUCUUCCCCCAGGUUUGCACCUUCCCACGUCUGAGAAUUCCACAUCCAUUCCACAGCCUUCAGGUGUUGCUUCAGCAAAUCCUACAAAUAUUCCAAACCUUGGCCUACCUCUGUCAAUGCCACCACACCUUGUCCAGGCUUAUAUGCAAUAUCUUGCCACAGCAAGUGGUCCCUUAGGUGGGAUGUUGCCAGCUUUACCCCUCCUUCCAGGGAUAGCACCACUUAUGUCUUUAGGGUUGCCCAAUGCUCUGUUGCCAAAUCCACUUCUCCCUAUGAAUUUGAUGGGGUUACCUGCACAACCUCUAGCUGAUCCUUCACAGGGUGUAAGUCAACCUCAGACACACACUGAGAUGUCUGAGAGUCAGCCACAGUCACACAACCAACCUCAUUCAGAUGCUCAACAACAGUCCCAUGAUCAACCUCAACCUCAACUUAAAAAUCAGCCAAAACCAUAUGGUCAGCCUCAACCUGAAAUUCAACCGCAGUCACAUAGUCAGCCUCAACCUGAAAUUCAGCCACAGUCUUUUGGUCAAACUCAACCUGAAAACCAUGCUCAAUGUGGAAAGCCAUUCCAGGCAUAUGACAACACACAGUCAACAAAACAAGAUUCAUUCCACAGUCAGUCAGCUUUUCUUCAGCAUUCCAAGUCUUGGACAACCAGGGAGCAUGUGCAUGAUAUUGGGAUUCCACAAACAAAUAAUUCAACAACUGAUGAAAAUAAACCACAGGAUUUAAAUGCACCACAGAUGGGAAACAUCACCAUAAAACCAAGCAGAGAGUGCUGGGAUUCAGAUGAAGCUCCUGUUACCCAAAAGUCAUACAGAAUGCCAUGCAGAGAGAGUCGGGAGCAAGGUGCUUUCUCAAUGAGACAACAAUCUUCUAAAGAAAAUAACCGAAUGCCAGGAAAGGGUGUUCCCACAAAACACCAUGAUGUACCAGCUGAAAUGGGGCAAUUUACAGACAGAUAUUCCAAACCUGAUUUUACAGAUGGUGAAGAGAAGCGGUGGCGUGGAGGUAGAAGUCCGCCAUUUAGAAGUGUGUUUGAGAAGCCUUCGGUGACCAAACUCCCCGAGAGUCUGGUCAAGAGGAAGGAGCAGACUCGUACAGUGCAGGCCCUGAUCCAGCAUGUCCUCAAAGAAAACCAGGAGAAAAAGAAGGCAGAUUUGCUUUCCUGUAACAUGGAUAGAAACUAAUUUUACCUCCAAGCAAAGAAGAGCAGAAGAAGAAAAGUGGUUAAUGCAUGUGAUCUGAAAAUGAUGAAUUCCUCUGCCCUUUUUCAGAAGAGAACAUUGGCUUUUUAUACUGUAGAAGUGUUUUAACUGCCAUGGAUUCUAUUGUCUAGGAACUAUGUACUUUUGCUUUUUCAUGAUUUUGUUGAGCUGAUAAAUUGUGAUUAUGUUGAUUAGUAAUCUUUUUUAAAUUAGAUAGAUUGUCUCUCUGUAAAGUCAUAUACAUGUAACUCUAUGCAGUGGAUUAUUACAGUUAUUGAGCUUCAGUUGUUUAAAUCUCAUGUUUGAU